AUGGGAAAUGCAGCGAGUAAUAUUGGCAAGGACCCGAUCAUCGCCAGAUCAAACCCAAGUGCCCCGGGCGUUUUAAGACUGUACAACCUCGAAGACCACGUGUUUCCAUAUAAAGUGUCGAAGUCUGAAGAGACUUAUCCAAGCAUUCAUCUAGCAAGUUCGCUUGCCAGCUUUGAGAAGCUGGUUCUAAAGCACCUUCCUUUAUCGCCUAGACUAGAAGAGAUAACAGGGAAGGAAACAGACAUAUACCACAAUGUUGUCAACAGGGAAGAAACGGCCCGGGAAAUACUGGCAAGCGGGGAGAGGAUGACCAUUAUACGCCACAAUCCAAAGGAGGAUAGAAACCAGGUUUAUAUGUGUAGGCAAUUUGUUGUGGAAAUAACGGAGGGCAUAGGAGAAAUCCGAGACUUAAAAGUUCUGCAAGCAUGCUGCAAUUAUCUAACAAGGCUUCCGCGGCAGAUAGGAUGCCUGACAAAUCUCAGGGUCUUGGUACUGUCAAAAAACAGAAUACAAAGCCUGCCUGACGAAAUUGGGCUGCUUAAGAAUCUUAGAGAACUCAACCUAUCUCAAAACUUGUUGUCUACUCUUCCAAGAGGAAUCUCGGCACUAAAGGCCCUGAAUGCACUUCAUAUAGACGACAACCUGUUUACUACUCUUCCAUCGGUAAUAGGGAGGCUUUAUGGGCUGAAAUACUUAAACAUCUCUAACAACAGAAUUCAGAACAUUCCUCUAGAAAUCUUGAAGCUUCCCUUUCUGAUAGAGCUGACAGCCUUGUCAUGCGAUUUUGCCUCAAAGGACUCUAUUGAAUGCAUCGGAGACAUUACGCUCAAGGAAACUUGCUCGAGGCAUCUCAUAAGAAAUAACCUGAAAAUUCAAAGAAAUAUUCACAAGCCACUUAUAAAAUACCUUCUGUCUGUACAGGAGUGUUCGUUUUGCGGAGGGCCCCUCUUUGAACACUAUUAUCUCCACAGAAGCACACAGACAUUCGACUCGGAGAGAUUUCCAAUUGUCUAUAAACUAUGCGUUAAACAUUAUGUUAGACAUGAAGACAGAAUAGCAACUCUGUUCCUAGGGCCUUUGAAGACCUAUCCUCAAAGACUCAUAAAGUCCAACAUGCCCUUUGUAGGUGAGCUAUUUAAUCAUCUUGGAUAUAAUGAUGAGCAAAAGAGAAUACUUGAGCAGGGAUGGAAUGGGGAGGGAGACAGGAUGCCCCUCAUCUGUCUUUCGAAAUACGUAGAAAUGUACGACGAAGAGAAUUGA